GCCAUAAAAAUGAUUAUUGUGUCCGCGGCAUGUGGAGGUGCUGCUCCCUCUCUGAGAGCUGCUUUGACUUUGGCCAGCAGAGGAAGAGGAGCGAAGAAGGAGAGGCGCAGAGCUCGAGCUGUCCCCUGCAGUGUUUGAGGAUGAAGAGCUCCAAAGAGGCCGUGCAGUCCGCAGCCAAAGAGUUCCUGCAGUUUGUCAACAGAGGAGUGUCUCCGUAUCACGUGGUGGAAGAAUGCAAGCGGCGUCUGCUGCAGGCGGGCUUCAUCGAGCUGAAGGAGACGGAGCAGUGGGACAUCAAGCCGUCCAGCAAGUACUUUGUGACCAGGAACUUCUCCAGCCUCAUCGCCUUCGCUGUAGGCGGACGCUACCUGCCAGGAAACGGCUUCUCCAUGAUCGGCGCCCACACAGACAGCCCCUGCCUCCGGGUGAAGCCGAGGUCUAAGAGGACGAAGCAGGGCUGUCUGCAGGUCGGGGUGGAGUGCUACGGCGGUGGCAUCUGGAACACCUGGUUCGACCGGGACCUGACCCUCGCUGGCCGCGUCAUGGUCAAGAACGAAGGCCGGCUGGUCCAGAGGCUGUUCCACGUGUCCAGGCCUCUGCUCAGGAUCCCUCACCUGGCCAUCCACCUGCAGAGAGACGUCAACGACUCCUUCGGCCCCAACAAGGAGAACCACCUUGUGCCCAUCAUCGCCACCGUGGUCCAGGAGGAGCUGGAGACGGGCUGUGCGUCCUCCGGAGACGCUGCCGCUGCUGCCAACACGGUAUUUUUUUAUCAUCUAUCAUUUUAUCAUUUUUAUCUUUUUUUUAAAUUGUAAAUUAAAUAUAUUUCCCUCUCAGACAAAGACUUUAACGCUGCAUCCUGUUCUUCUUCUCCUCUUCCUCUGCAGGCGUUGGGAGGUGUGUAUGAGGAGUUCAUUUACUCCCCUCGUCUGGACAACCUCCACAGCUGCUACUGCGCCCUGCAGGGGCUGAUGGAGUCGUGCUCUGGAGACUCUCUGGCCAAAGAUCCCAACGUGCGCAUGAUCACACUGUACGACAACGAAGAGGUGGGGUCAGAGAGCGCUCAGGGAGCUCAGUCCAACCUGACGGAGCUCAUCCUCAGCCGCCUCGCCUCCUCCCCCUCCAACCUCACCGCCUUCCAGCAGGCUGCGCCGCUGUCCUUCAUGAUCAGCGCUGACAUGGCGCACGCCGUGCACCCAAACUACCAGGAGAAGCACGAGGAGAACCACCGUCCUUCUUUCCACAAGGGCCCGGUGUUAAAGUUCAACAGCAACCAGCGCUACGCCACCACAGCUGUCACCGCCUCCGUGGUCAGAGAGGUCGCCAGCAGGGUCGGCGUGCCUCUGCAGGACGUGAUGGUGCGUAACGACAGCCCCUGUGGAACCACCAUCGGCCCCAUCCUGGCCGCCCGCCUCGGCGUCCCCGUGGUGGACAUCGGCGCUCCGCAGCUGUCCAUGCACUCCAUCAGAGAGAUGUGCUGCACCUCCAGCGUCCUGCAGAGCACCACCCUCUUCAAGGGCUUCUUCGAGUUGUUCCCCACAGUGAGGAGCGCGCUGGUCGUCGACUAGAGCCGUGAGGAAGCAGAAUUGAUGGAAACAAAGGGCGUCACUGUCAACAUGUGAUGACCUCACACACAUGACACAGAGACAACAUCAGAACAUGUGUCAGUUCGGACACACACUCAUGUUGAGAAUGACAAACUGAUCUUGAUGACAUUGCACUGACGGGCCGCAGGACGCUGUGAUCCUCCUCCCAAUAAACAGAAUCACAUAAACAAGCACUUGUUGAUCUUUGUAUGAAAUUCUUUAGAAAAUAAUAAAACAUUUAAAUCUCUCCCA